GGCUGUCCAGAGUCUCGGUCUUGUCCUGCUGAUCUCCAGUAUAAGUCGUGUGCCCCGUGUCCCCAGACCUGCUCGGAUCUGACCAAUAAGAGGAGCUGCCAUGGCGAUGAGCACUGCGUGCCGGGCUGUUGGUGUCCUGAUGGGCUUCUGAUGGACAAUAUGAACCACUGUGUGCGCCCAGAGGAGUGCCCCUGUGACGUGGAGGGCGCCACCUACUGGCCCGGCCAACUGGUCAAAGCCAACUGUCAGAUCUGCACGUGUCAGGAGGGUCAGAUGAAACAGUGCCGGCCCAACCCGGAGUGUACCGUGAACUGCGGCUGGUCAGCCUGGUCCCCCUGGGUUGAGAGUGUCUGGGUCCAUGUGGAGUGCAUGAGCAUCCAGUGGUCCUUCCGUAGCCCCAACAAUCCC